CGCGGGGGACACCGCAACGCACCGGGAGCGGCUCCUCGGCGGGGUUUGCGGCGGGGACGCGGCGCCGAGCCCAGCCCCGGCCCCCGGGCCGCCUCCCCGGCCGGGUCUCGCCCAGCCCCGCGGGCUCCGCGUCCCAGGGCGGGGCUGGGAACGGGGCGGCGGCCGCGGGCGAGGCGGGAUCAGCCUCCGAAGGGGCCGCCGGGCCGCUUCGGGCGAUCAUCGCUCUGUCCCGUCUUUUUCAGGCCGGAGGAAGAGGGGGUUCGGUAGAAGCGCCGCCGGCCGCGAUGGGGCGAUGCGGGGCGGCCUCGCCCGUGUCCCCAGCGCGGGGGCCCGUCCUCCGUGUCCCGAGGCGGAGCCGCGCCCUGUGACCGCGGGACGCGCUGGGGCCGCGGCGAGAUGGCAGCGCUGGUGCUGGCCGCCACCUGCGGCUUCCUCCUGCCUCUGGUGCGAGGGCACAGCCUCUUCACCUGCGAACCCAUCGCUAUUUCCAGGUGUGCGGGAAUGCCCUACAACAUGACUUUUUUCCCCAACAUCAUGGGGCACUAUGACCAGGACACAGCUGCGCUCCAGAUGGAGCCUUUUCUUACGCUUAUGAAUCUUCACUGUUCACCAGACAUCCACACAUUCCUUUGCAAAGCCUUUGUCCCUGCCUGCCUGGAGCAAGUUCAUGUGAUUCAUCCUUGUCGAAGCGUCUGUGAGAAAGUCUAUUCUGACUGUAAGCAGCUGAUGGACACUUUUGGAAUCGCAUGGCCCGAAGAGCUGGAAUGUACCAGACUGGUCAAUUGUGAUGAGUCUGUUCCUGACGCAGCUGCUGUAACCACUAACAUACAUGGAACUCAGAAGACCCCAGGCCAGGCCCGAAGAGAUUAUGGAUUCUGGUGUCCACGGCACCUACACACUACCAAUGGACAAGGCUACAAGUUUCUAGGAAUUGACCAGUGUGCACCCCCAUGUCCCAAUAUGUACUUCAAAAAUUAUGAAUUGGACGUUGCAAAAAGCUUCAUUGGAAUAGUUUCAAUCUUUUGUCUUUGUGCUACACUUUUCACAUUCUUGACUUUUUUGAUUGAUGUUAAAAGGUUUAGGUACCCAGAGAGGCCGAUUAUAUAUUACUCCGUCUGUUACAGCAUAGUCUCUCUAAUGUACUUUAUUGGAUUUUUACUUGGGAACAGAACUGCUUGUAACGAGGCGGAUGAUAAGUUAGAAAUUGGUGAAACAGUUGUUCUUGGCUCGCAGAACAAAGCCUGUACUUUCCUCUUCAUGGUUUUGUAUUUUUUCACUAUGGCAGGAACUAUAUGGUGGGUGAUUCUUACAAUCACUUGGUUUCUUGCAGCAGGAAGAAAAUGGAGCUGUGAAGCUAUUGCACAAAAGGCCAUGUGGUUCCAUGCGGUUGCGUGGGGAAUACCUGGCUUUCUAACCAUUAUGCUCCUUGCAAUGAACAAAGUUGAAGGGGACAAUAUCAGCGGGGUUUGUUUUGUAGGUCUCUACGAUGUGGAUGCCUCUCUGUACUUUGUGCUUUUGCCGUUGUGCCUUUGUGUGUUUUUUGGCCUCUCUCUUCUUUUAGCUGGUAUUAUUUCUUUAAAUCAUGUGCGGCAAGUCAUACAACACGAUGGCAGAAACCAGGAGAAGCUAAAGAAAUUUAUGAUCCGAAUUGGAGUUUUCAGUGGUUUAUAUUUGGUGCCACUUGUAGCACUUCUUGGAUGUUAUGUCUAUGAACUGGUGAACCGGAAAAUCUGGGAAACGACUUGGGUAUUUGACCACUGUGACCAGUACCAUAUUCCUUGUCCUUAUCAGGCAAAGGCACUAGCAAGACCAGAAAUAUUUUUGUUUCUGAUGAAAUAUUUGCUGACAUUAAUUGUUGGCAUAUCUCCAGUCUUCUGGGUGGGAAGUAAAAAGACCUGUUCUGAAUGGGCCAAUUUCUUCAACAGAAACCGCAAAAGAGAUCCAAUCAGUGAGAGUCGAAGAGUGCUGCAAGAAUCAUGCGAAUUUUUCUUGAGGCACAAUUCCAAAGUUAAACAUAAAAAGAAGCACUACAAAUCGACUUCACACAAAUUGAAAGUCAUUUCCAAGUCAAUGGGGACAAGUACAGGUGGUACAACAAACCAUGGAACUUCUGCAGUAGCAAUCACUAACCAUGAUUACUUAAGCCAAGAAACUGUUGCAGAAAUUAAAACCUCUCCAGAGACAUCUGAGAAAGAGACAGAGGCAGAAAGAACAUCAGCCCAAAGAGUUGAGGAAGGUGAAAACAGUGGAGAUCAAAUGUUAUCUAGUUCUAAACUGACAGUGGACCAGGUGGAAAGAAGAAACAAAGCAGAUAGCACAUGUGAUAUGAGUAGCUUGGCUGAGAGUAUGAAGAGAGUAGGUGAAGGAAGAAUAACUCCUAAAAAUGAUUUUAUGGAAUCUCCAUUGCAAAGCAGCUGUUCCCAAAUACCUAAUGUCUCACAGUCAGCUUCCAUAUCACUACUUGUCUACUCAGCUUCAGGCACCAGAAGAGAAUUAGAUUCAGGAAACAGUUCAAACCCUUAAAACACUGGCAUUUUAUAUGAAUGUUUUCAAUGUAUAAAACUGAUAAAAAUUCUGUGUUACACUGGAAAUAGCUGAUAUUCUGUGCCUUAUUAAAAAACAUGCCUAUUUUGGUUUGCACUUAAAAAAUGUAAAUUUUGUUAUGGGGACAUCUAGCAAUAAUGUACUAUAUUUAUUCAUGUCCAGGAAUAAUGGAAAUUGAAAUUCUGUAGGACAUGGCUGGAAUGGCUAGGAGUAAUUUAAGAAAGAGAUGAGAGAAACAAAUAUUAUUGCCAGCUGUCAAGAGACUAAUUCUGGAUGGAAAUGGUAUGCUGUGUUCUAUAAAGAAUACUUUGUAAUGAACAGCAUUAAAAUAAGGCUUAUAAAGCACUGUUACUUUUCAAAGCAUAAAAGUUACAUCUGCGUCUUUGAUAUUUUUCAAAACUUGUUACACUCUUUUUCUUUGUUUUUUUUUUUUUUGUGUGUGUCUUAAACAGCAGUGUCACUUAAAGGAUACACAACUUUAUAAAUAUUCUCUAAGUUAUGCAUCAUGACCUAUCAAUUAUAGCACUGGUUUAUGGUAGUUUGUACACUGAAUAGGAAAGGGAAACUGGAAUUCAGGAUUUAUUUUGUACAUAAAUGAAUUUUGUAAAUAACUGUGUAAGGUCUCAAUAUUUAGAACUACUGUUUUGUAUGUAUUGUACAAACUUGGUAAAGUUAACAUGCUUCCAUUAGGUGCUCCUAAAGGCAACGGUCCUGUGGUGAUUGGACAAUGUUAUUUAGUUCUGAGUAAAGCAGAUUGUACCUUUAUGUUUAACAUGCACCAUACACUGUGCAUUUAGGGCAAGACUGGUUAGACAUCUGUGCAUCCUGUUACAAGGUUAAUGCCUUAGAUGCAGCGCUGCUUCAGAACAAUACUUCUUGGAGCCCCUGCUGGUGUGGCGUUCCAGUGCAUCAUGCCAAAGAAGAAAACACUUGAGAUCCCUAGUGGUAUCAGGGACAGAAUCUGAAGUAUGCACUUUGGGAUUUUUUUUUUUACUGAGCUGCAGUGAAAGUGUGUGUUUCACAUUAUUUCUAUGCAAGUAACUUAAUUUUUUUUUUUUAAUUCUGCAGAGAAAUAUCUAUAGAAAAUAAACUGCUGAGGUAUUAAUAUACAGGCUUGUUUAAUGAUAUAUUUACUUAAAAGAAGACCUUAAUACUUUUUUACAAAGCUUGAUUUUCUAUAUGCUAAAGCAAUAUGUUUUCUUUAAAUCAAAAAGGCCUUAAUGCAUGUAGCCUUUCUUAUGAUAGGGUAGUUCUCAAGAGCACUUACUACUGAUGUGGAUGAGAAUUUCAUCGUUUCACUCGUAAGAAAUCCUCGUUCCAGUGAAGUCAGUGUCAUUUAUUAAUUGAGGUAAUCUGGAGCCAGGGAUAUGCUGUUUUGUAAACCUAAAUGUCAAUGCAUUUUGUAAGACUGUCCAGCAUCUUGCAUUUGAUUACUAGUAAGAAUAUUUUUCACUAUUUUGAUACUAUUCAGAGAAAUUACUGUUUUGUGAUUGGGCAGAGUUCAUGGUGGAGCUUUGAACAGUCAAGCGAAAUUGCAUGGUACAAAGGUCAUAUAAAUGCUGGAUCAGCAGGAGCUACAGUUCUGGUAAACCAGCGUUAUUUGGUGCCUGUUGUUCUAUGUAUCAUGCAUUAAAAAUGGAAUGUAAAUUCUUUAUAUUAUGACAAUGGUGUUUUAGCAUUUGUAAUUUAUUGUCUUACGCAGGACAUGCUAUUUCUUUUAUAAUUUCCCCAUUUAAAAUAUACAGACUUCUUGCUGCUGGGAAGGACAGUGAGAAAGAUCUGAAAAAUCUCCUGCAAAAAUUAACUAAGUGCCCUUCAUUGUUGUCAUGUUUGUAAAUGGGUAACCUGAUACACAUUUUCUGUAGUUUUAUUAUUAUUACUGUCUCUGUUAGUAAUAAAAUACACUAUUGUAUAGUAGGAGAUUCGGAGUUGAUGUUUCUUAUUAACUAGAUGUAGCAUGUUUGUUGCUGUAGUAAUAUAAUAUUUUUGCAGCUAAGCCACUGUAAUAUACUUUUCUUAGAGCUGUUUGAGGUAAUAAGUACUGCAGUGACUUUAUCUGUCCCGUGUGAGAAACAGACAGAACAAUGCUGGGAAUUGUUCACAUGAACACAGAGAGCUAUGAAAGUGAGAAACCAAACUGGUUCUUUCAUCCUAACACUUAGAGCAUUCUUUCUUUCAUGACCUCUAGUUAAAAGACCUCCUUUCGAUUACAUAGAAUAUUUCCACACUAUGCUCUUGCUCAACUUUCUUAAAAUACUGAUACACAUUUUUAAUUUAUUUAAUAUUAUUCUCAUUUUAGGUAGUUCGAUAGAAGUCAUGCUUUUUGUGCUAAUUUUGAAGUUAAAUCAGUACCAUGGGCUUAAAAAUAGAUACAUUUCCAAAGGACUGUGAAAUACUAACUAAGCGGUAAUCAUAACAUUAAUUGGAAGUGAAAUGCAUCAGUGGUAGAAUGAGACUGUAGCACUUGUGUGUUCCAGUGCUGCUGUACCAGAAAUAACCUACAGACUAUGAAUUCCCAAAGUGACCUUUACAGCUAAAGGGAUCAUGCUCUCUGGAUGCUUUAACCCUGAAAUGCCCAAGCAGUAACUGGGAAGUUAAAUGGCUAUUUGAAUGCCCUCAAAAAGGAUGAGAGGAAAGAAACUGGAAGAAGAGAGGUGCAGAGAUGAGUGAGAGUAUGGAAGACAGCCUUACAGAGAUGGGCUAUAAAGAACAGAAUAAACAGUUUCUUUAACAAAAGGUGUUUGGGUUAUCUGCUUUUGUCUGUUACCUGACCAAAGUUAAACCUGAAAAUAGACAAUUUGUAUUAAAAGGCCUUUCUCAAACUAUAAGAAUAACUACUUCUCCAUCACCUCAAGUCAUUUAAUCGAGACUGGCUGUCUUCUGAAAGAUGCACUGUGAAUUCAACAAUUUCAAAGACUGAUACAGCCAUUUUAGUUUUGGUUUCUGCCUUUUUUUGCAGAAAGCUAAAAUAAAGGAUGCCAGAUGUUCUUUUGCUUCUCUGUUUAUUAAUGGAUCUCUCCCACAAAUCACUUUAAGUUUUUCUAAUCUUUCAAAGGAGAAGAUGAAUUUAACCUACUAAAUCAUAUCUGAUUUGUGAUGUAAUCAGCACCUGAGAUUACCACUACAGUAGUUUUAUGGUGCAUUUUAUGUAUACUCUAUUUUACUGUCCAAUAAAGCUGUGCAAUGUAUUUGGAAAAAAUAGUCCAAGCUUGCAAAGCUAACCUGGGAUAUGGAAAAUACAGGGUUUUAUUUCUAUGUGUAACAUUUGAAGGGUGUUAUUAGCAGAUAGUAAGAAAAAUAUCUGCAGUAUUUAAAAUGUCUUUAAAUCUUUUUGCUUUAUUAAACUUUUUUAAAAAAGACAAGAAGAUGGAGUACUAACAAGCUGAAGCAUCAUACUUUUUUCUUUGUCAGUUUGAUUGAGCUACAGACAGAUGUAGGUCCUUUACAGGAUGCCGAAUAUACUUGGUUUAAAGAGGUCAAAUCUAGCUGAGUUUCAGAAGCAAAAAAAGAAAAAAAAAUAUGAAAAGUUAAAGUUAAUAAAAAUAAGUUUAAUCUUCUACAAAGUGCUGAGAAAUGCAGUAGCUGAAUAGGAGGAGGAAUCAUGUUUCCCUUUGAAGUCUGACCACCCAGUCUCAAUGUGGAAUUUCAGAUCACUGCAUAUCAAAUGGAAAAUGCUACAUCCCUCUCUCAACACUGGCCGCUUGUUGAAUCAGUCUUUGAAGGCAUCUAGCUGCUCUCUGGCUGCCUUCACCGGUAAAGAUCUCUGCCAGUAUUAACCGCUGGUAUUCGCAGCAAUUUAGAUGGCUGGCACCAAAGGUAUUUUAGAGUCUCAUGAGAAUAAAUGUUAUUUCCUCUGCAUUACCUUUUUUUGCACUUAUUCUUUCAAUCUUAUUUUUGUCCCUUAUCAUACUUGCCUACUUUUUUUAAUAGAAUAGAGUUUAACUGUAAUUAAAGAAGUUGGGCAACCUCUACCAUGCUUUUGUGAGCUCUCUGCUUAGUAUCUCUAGAAGCGAGCUCAGUGUAUAUUCCUGAUGUACACCUCUGAAGACUGCUUCUGUGUAUUACCUGGAUUUUACUUUGUGUUAAAAAGCAUU